AUGAGUAAUUCUUUGGCAGAGAGCUUCAACAACAUGGUCAAGAAUGAGAGAUGCAUGUCGCUGCCUCAGUUGCUUGAAGGCAUUCGUGUGAGAGUUAUGGAGAUGUUUUGUGAAAGGAAGGUUCAAUCUUCUACCUUGAGGAAGGAUAGCACCGUCAUGGUGAACUUGGUUGAGAGGGAGUGUUCUUGUGCUUGGUGGCAGUUUAGGUGCUUCCCAUGUUCUCACACAGUUCAAGUAAUGCAAAAGGCGAACCGUGUUCCUUACCGUUACAUUGAAGAUUACUGGAAGACCUCAUUCUAUAGAAGUGCUCAUGAUCUUCCUAUUUUUCCAGUCCUGGAUCUUGAUAAGCCCAAUCCUAGUAGUUUUGGUGAUUCAGCUUUGCAGCCUCCCAAGACUCGGAAACCUCCCGGAAGACCACAGACAAGGAGGAUCAAGUCGUUUGGGGAAGAGUCCGGACCAGUGAAAUGUACACGGUGGGAUCAACUUGGCCACCACAAUCGCAGGUCAUGCAAUGUGGCUAUCUGA